AUGCCCUCCUAUGCCAAAUUCUUAAAGGAAAUUCUAUCAAACAAGAGACGAUUAGAGGAGUAUGAGACCGUAGCCUUAACUCAAGAGUGUAGUGACAUCAUAAAAAAUAAGCUACCACCUAAGCUUAAAGAUCCUGGUUCGUUUUCAAUUCCUUGCACAAUUGGUGAUAUGUCAAUUAAUCGUGCUCUAUGUGAUCUUGGUGCUAGUGUCAGUCUUAUGCCAUUGUCUAUAUUUAACAAGUUGCAGAUAGGAGACUUGAAGCCCACCACUAUCUCCCUCCAAUUAGCAGAUCGAUCGGUUAAACGUCCAAUAGGUAAAUUAGAAGAUGUACCUAUCCAGGUUGGUAAAUUCUUUAUUCCGGUUGAUUUUGUUAUUCUUGAAAUUAAGGAGGAUUCUCAAGUCUCCAUUAUAUUGGGAAGACCUUUCCUUACUACCGCUGGAUUGACAUGA